AUGGGGAUCCGAGAGUUUCCCGGCGGCGCACCCAGGGGCAAGAGCAUCGCCGUUGGCAUGAGGAGGUCACCGGACGUCAGCCCCCGGAGACUGUCCGACAUCAGCCCCCAGCUCCGGCAGCUCAAGUACCUGGUGGUGGACGAGGCCAUUAAGGAGGAUCUGAAAUGGUCGCGCUCAGUGGAGGAUCUCACCAGCGGGCCCGUGGGGCUCACGUCCAUCGAGGAGCGGAUCCUGCGCAUCACCGGCUACUAUGGCUACCAGCCCUGGGCAGCGAGCUACAAAAGGGAGGAGCGCCCCCGGGACUCCCCGGGCCCGGCGGAGGCCCAGGCGCCGGCUGGGGCGGAGGCCGGCGGCAGAACGAGCCCCCACUGCUGGAGAUGCUCCCGGGCGCAGCUCAAGAAGAUGUUCUGGGGCGUGGCGGUGGUGCUGUGCGUGUGCUCCUCCUGGGCAGGCUCCACGCAGCUCGCCAAGCUGACCUUCAGGAAGUUCGAUGCUCCUUUCACCCUGACGUGGUUUGCCACCAACUGGAACUUUCUGUUCUUCCCCUUGUACUACGUGGGCCACGUCUGCAAGUCGGAGGAGAAGCAGUCUGUGAGGCAGAGAUACAGGGAGUGCUGUCGAUUUUUUGGAGACAAUGGCUUGACUUUGAAGGUGUUUUUUACCAAGGCAGCACCCUUUGGUGUUCUUUGGACACUCACAAACUACCUGUACUUACAUGCAAUAAAGAAAGUAAACACUACGGAUGUCUCCGUGUUGUUCUGCUGCAACAAAGCUUUUGUGUUCUUGCUCUCAUGGAUCGUUCUCAGGGACAGGUUCAUGGGAGUGAGGAUUGUGGCCGCCAUUCUCGCCAUUGCUGGGAUCGUGAUGAUGACCUACGCCGAUGGCUUCCACAGCCACUCUGUCAUCGGCAUAGCGCUGGUGGUGGGCUCUGCUUCCAUGUCUGCCCUCUACAAGGUUCUGUUCAAGCUCCUCCUGGGCAGUGCUAAGUUCGGAGAAGCCGCCUUAUUUCUGUCCAUUUUGGGUGUGUUUAACAUCUUCUUCAUCACCUGUAUUCCUGUCAUCCUCUACUUUACCAAAGUGGAAUACUGGAGCUCUUUCGAUGACAUUCCAUGGGGAAACCUUUGUGGAUUUUCAGUCCUCUUAUUGACAUUCAAUAUUGUAUUAAAUUUUGGAAUAGCCGUUACGUAUCCCACUCUGAUGUCUGUUGGAAUCGUCCUCAGUGUACCUGUGAAUGCAGUGGUUGAUCACUACACCAGUAAGAUAGUCUUCAACGGGGUCCGGGUCAUCGCCAUCAUCAUCAUCGGCCUGGGCUUCCUCCUGCUGCUCUUGCCCGAGGAGUGGGACGUCUGGCUGAUCAAGCUGCUCACCCGCCUCAAAGUGAGGAAGAAGGAGGAGACAGCGGAGGGCGGCGCAGACCUGGGCUCAGGACCUCAGAGCAAGAACAGAAGAGCCCGCCCCUCCUUCGCGCGCUGA